GUUAGAGUAAAGCUUCAAGUCUUCCCGAGCAUAAAUCGAGAAGCAUAAAUCGAAGAACUGAUCACGUAUCCUUAUCGGCCCUCCUCCGCAACUCCGUGUUCGCACCUUGUUGGGGGCACGCGGAGUCGUGUCGCGUAAGGAGUAUAUCAAGAAGCAAUGCCACGAGCUGUGUCUAGGCAUCUAUCUUCCCAACUAUGCAGAACUGAACACGAGGACAUAGAAGUUCUUACAGCGGCCAGCGGCUGUAAACCGUGGAGCAGAUCGCUGUGGGCCUUGUAGAUUGAGCCACCUUUUUUUCAGGCACUCGAGGGAGAAGAUAAAGACCAAAGCCAAACCCAGCGAGUGCGUAGAUCUUGGCCGCGGGUCGUAACUCAUCCCACCGGCAGUGGUUGGGAUACGGCACGUUACCAUGAGUGCAUCUCGCAUGCAGCAAUCAACGGACUGAAGUGUCCUGAACUGCGGAAAUUCGCAAAAAAAAUUUGUCGUCUCGUCUCACGGCAUCGUCUUCGUCAAAAAACAAUAACAAUGAACUAUCAAAAAGGAGGCCCUGUGCCUUCUCCCGGACCGGUUGUCUGCAUCCGUAAGGAAAGAGAGUCAUGCCACAGAAGUAGUUCUUCUAGCUCGACUACUAGUGCAGGCUCUAAUUUCAACAGCAGUCCGAGUACUAGAAAUAGCUCUAACACGUCUGCUGAAAGCUAUGAGACUAGAUCUGCUUCCUUUAGUAGCGACACCGACAAGGACACCUCAUGUGCAUGUGGAGAAGCUAUUCAGCGGGGAUCCGAAGAAGACAACGGGGAGCGACUAAAAUGUUGUCCCGAAGAGGGUCCAGAACCAGAUGAUGCUGACCACUACGCCAAAAAUAGCCCCGCUGAUCCAGAACCAGAUGAUGCUGACCACUACGCCAAAAAUAGCACGUCUGAACAAAAUGAUGAUGAUCUUAGCUAUACCAAGGAUAGCACGUGUGAAAAAGAGGAAAAGUAUCACAGUACAACUACCGAGGAAGCCCAGUAUGAUUACUACAACUACACCGAGGAAGACUAUGUUCGGUCACCGUUUUCGUAUUACGCAACGGAGUACAAAGAUGACUAUUUAGGCUACCAUGGGUAUCCGUGCUGCGACUAUGUGCCCAUUUGGCUGCAGCCAUUGACUGAUGCUGAUCUACUUUCCUGGAAAAACUUCAUGAAUCCUGUCCGUUCGUCUGGUGGUGCAGCAUCAUCAGCAGCAUCAACAACAGCUACAGGAGGCAAUCUUGAUGAAGAGUAUUAUUUGCCGCUACCGGGAGGAUGCUCGAAGGUGGUUGGGUUUUUAUGUUUUUUGAUCAACUAACUCAAACUUCAAGCAAAAAUACUUAAUUGAUCUUGUAUCAUUUUGCUUUCAACAGUCAUUUCGUGUGGUGUCACCACUGAAAGAGUUUCUUAUACAUGGUCCCUAGUCUACUCGAGAGACAGUCAUGUAUCGUCUCUUGAGUCAGUUUCUCCUUUCUCCUCCUAAGACUCGUGGAAAUUGGCACCAGCACCUACAACACGGUCAGUCAUGCGUGUUUCCCGAUGCCGGACGGAAAAUUUUCGGAUUGUAGCCUAGAGAACCGAGAAAACUACUCAUGGCGCUUUCCUUGGGUCAAGGCACUAUCGGAAUCUUCCAGUAUCGAAGAGAGCAGUUGUUCCUCCUCAUCUUCCAAGGAAGAAGAAAGUGCUUCACGUACCACCACUACAGCUAGUAGCACUAGCGUCAGUCCUCCACCUGCUUUAGCCUCAGGGGAAAGCGACACAGAAGAAGCCUUGACGGAACAAGUGGAGCCCAAAAUUAAGAGGAGGGCUGUACUAGUGGAGGAGAAUAUGGAGAGCAGCAGCCUAAGAAGCUGUAGUCUGGUCCGCAAGUCGACAACAAGGAGCUCUGAAGAUGAAGCAACUUCCCGGAGGACGUGCAGCAUCACAGAAGAAGAGGAUGGAGAUCUUUGUAGUUCUGAACAUCAACAUCAUGAUGUCAACAACAUAGAAGAAGCAGAAGAAGAAGAGUGGUGGAAUUAUGGCAACUACAACAACCUGGAAGAAGAGUGCUGUGGCAUAGCCGUUGAUGUGAUCCCGUGGGUGCUCAACGAGCUGCCGGAAAACAGAAAUCUCCAAAAGCUCAAUAUGGCAGUGAUCGGCCCGUCUUGUGACGCCGAUAUCGAGUGCUGGCAUGAGCUUCCUCUCGAGAUUCGCCAGCAGCGUCGGAGACAGCAGGCAGUAGCUUGUCGUGGGACAAAAUUAGUAGGCAGUCCUAUGGCAGUGAGUGGGUUAACAGAUGAAGCUCGCAAACAAGAAAACGGAACAACAAACACAGACGCGGCAUCUUCAACUGCAACAGUUUAUUACGUGGAUCAAGAGACCAUAAACGACUUGAAGCGGUCUUACCUACAGGGUGGCUUGUGCACUUUUCACGAGAGGGAAAGCUGUUGGACAUGCUACCAUACGGGACAGCUCGCUUCCGCUUGCGCCAGCGUCAAUCAAAGGCCAGCAUACUUCUACUUAUGAGAUCAUUUUGGAUGACGAAUUACAGCUAGUAUUAUCCUAAAAACUAGCUAUCCUUGUCACGUUGGUUAAAGUGCUGAUAACUCUAACACCUGGUCUUUUGCAAGAGCGUGGUAUGGCGAGCUAUGAGCGGAGCAAGCGAGUUCCUUGCUGCACUUUCUCCGAACUUCUACAACACUGUGGCAGCGGAUCGAUGCAGCUGCUGCAUCUAGACUGCGAGGGCCAAGACUUCGCCAUUCUUAGGGGUGUGCUCGAGUACGUGUAUCGGCAUGGGCCUACCGUAAGGCCUUCGCAGAUCGUAUUCGAGGCGUCUUCGGGAAAGAAGUACGUGCAGGAAUGCGAGCAGUUGUUGCGGUUGUUUUAUCGCAUCGGGUAUAAGCUUGAGUAUGAUCCCUUCUCCUUCCCUGAGGACUAUGAAGAUGAAGCCGAAGGCGUGCGAAAUGUGUCGCUCAUUCUGUUCGAGAAAGAGGAAGAGUUUCUUGCCAGUCUUCUAGAAACAAGAGCACUGUUCGGCUAGUGCAACUAUGUCGAUUUAUAACGUCAGUGUAAAGUUAGUAGUUGUACUCUGCGUUGUAGGUUCAAAGUAUUUUUUUUUUGAAGUCGAGUUCUUGCUCGGCAAGCACUCACGAUCACGACUUUUUCAGGUGCGUAACUUGGCAGAAAACCUGUAAGUUUUUUCAAUAUCUCAACCGAGCUAGCAGCAAGUAUUGUAAAAAGACCCAAGUAUUCUGACCGUGAUGGUUUUGACUAAAGUAUUGACUCAGCAUCAACGUUUUAUCCCUAGUAAUUUCAUCUGUCAGACGCGCACCGUUUUUUUCGACAGUUGUUAAACCCAAUUAUCUUCAACAGUGAAGCUAAGGCUCAAGUAUUGACUCAACAGGUCGCCCUAAGCAUCUUCAACAGUGUAAGACCCAAGUAUCAUCAACAGUCGAAGCCCAAGUAUCAUCACCAGCAUUCUCAAGUAUUGAAAUCGCAGUAUUAUAUGCUUCGUUUUUUCCUUGAACCGUGCAAGUGAAAAUAAUUCCUUCGUGACCUUAGUGAGUCCUUUACGAGCUUGCUGAACAAAGGCUCGAAUUGCGACGAUAGUAGUGAUUGAAAGUAGAGAGAAGAGAGAACUUGAACUUGUU